GUUCUGGACGACAGCUGAGACCGGCCGAGCCUCCAGGAGAUGCUGAUGCUGAUGCGGAUGCAGAGGACGAAGAUUCUGUUAAUGAAGUGGCAGUAGAAGACAUCCGUCCAAGGCCACAGGGAUCCUCUCCAGUUUAUGAAUGUUCCAUAGAAGAAGAAUAUUUAAAGCUUCAAGAAGAAAACAAAAAAUCUUCUACAGACAAAUCCAAACAGAAUCAUCCACAGGAAACAAUGGAAGUGACCCUGAAAACAGAAGUGGAAGCUGGUGCUAGUGGUUUUAGUGUGACUGGUGGAGGAAAUGAAGGAAUAUUUGUUACAAAAGUACUUAAGGAAUCUCCUGCUUCAAAAAUAUUUAGUCUGAGAGAAGGUGAUCAGCUUCUAAGUGCUACAAUAUUUUUCGAUAAUAUCAAAUAUGAAGAUGCACUCAAGAUCCUCCAAUAUUCAGAGCCAUACAGAAUCCAAUUCAGCUUGAAAAGAAAAAUUGCUGUGAAAGAAGAGCUAGAACACAUUGACUCUGCAGCACAGUACAAAAAGGAAAGAUUAAGCCAGGAAAAAGAACUCAGUGAGAGCAUUCCUGAAGAAACACUACAUGUUUCAGGAAAAGCUAUUUCAGAAGAAGACAGGGAGACAUUAAUUGUAAGCCAAAGGGUAGGAAGAAGCAAGAGAUCUAAAAAAGACAGAUUGUCUUGGCCAAAAUUCCAGUCAAUUAAAAAUAAAAAGAUACUGGGGCACAGAAGAUCUCAUAGUACAUCAGAUGCAUAUGAGCCUGCUAUACAGGAUAUUUCCCCUACAAGCACAGACACUGAGUCUCAGUUUCAACAAGAAGUCCAUAUCAAAGAAAAAAAAGGAAGCCAAAAGAAACUCAAGUUCCCUAGCAUUGGAUUCAAAAUGCACAGAUCCAAAGCAGAAACACAAGACAAGCAAAAAAGAGAAAUAAAAACAACACUUUUAUCUGAAAGAGAAAAAAUACAUGGAGAUAUCAGCCUGGAAAAUCCCGAAAUACUAAGUGUUGAAUAUACUACAUCUCCUGAUUAUGAAAUGAAACCAGGAGAGGUACAUGAAACUUUAACAGAAGACUUAAAAGAUAUGAAAAAUGGCAUUCCAUCUCAAGCAAAAAAAUUCCCUGAAGCUGAAAUAAACAUUAAAAAAGAAAAAGACAAGGAAUCAGUGUCAAAAUUUACUGUACCUGAAGUACCAGCUAUAAAAACACAGAUAUCAAAACACAGUGUAGAAAACCAUGAUGUGAAAGAAAGCCCAACUAAACAAACAUCACAAACCUCAUCAAAAGCCCAAAAAAAGAAACAGAAAGGAACAGCAGAUAAGAUAGAAGGAGAAAGUGGAAUUAGCAUAGAAAUGAUGGGUCAAAAAACACAAGGAUCUAUACAG